GCAAGUGCAUCGUUACCAGUGUCAGUUCAAGCAGAAAUCUCGAAUUGACGUACGCGCAAUUUCAGUCGAGUUAUCUUGUAAUCACCGGUGUAACAGUGUAAGCCUUGCGAGAAGUAUGACCGACUCGCACGACAUAGAGGAGUACUACAGCGUCGCUGAGAAACUGGUUCUAAAGGCGGGAAAAGUACGAGAGUAUACUGUAAUAGAAAGUGCGAUUAAUUUAAAGAAAAACGUAAAAAGUAAAGGUAUCGAUUGGGAUCUCGUGACAGAGUACGAUCGAAAAAUUGAGGAUGACUUACAGAAGCAAUUAUCGAAAACAUAUCCGGAACACAAGUUUAUCGGAGAAGAAGCGACCGCGGAAGGAAAUUGUUUACCAAAGUUGACCAAUGAUCCAACGUGGAUCAUCGAUCCUAUAGAUGGCACGACAAAUUUUGUACACCGAUUUCCGCACACGUGUAUCUCUUUAGCGUUACUGAUAAAUAAGAAGAUAGAAAUUGGAAUGGUGUACAAUCCUCUAAUGAGGCAAUUCUUCUCUGCAAAGAGGCACAAAGGAGCAUUUUUAAAUGGACAUCCUAUAAAGACAUCGGAUGUUACAGAUCUAUCGCAAACAUUAGUUGCAAUGGAACCAUGGAUUGCCAAAGAUUCAAAUUACUUGGUCACUGUGUAUAGUAGGAUGCAUGCCUUAAUUCAAGGAACUCACGGAAUAAGAUCAUUAGGCACUGCUGCUCUUACGCUAUGUUAUGUUGCAAUGGGUGCAGUGGAAGCAUAUCACAUUGAAAGCAUAGAUGCUUGGGAUGUUGCUGCUGGGAAACUGAUAAUAGAAGAGGCUGGAGGAACAGUGAUAGAUACAGCUGGUGGAGAAUUGGAUUUGAUAACACCUAAAGUUAUAGCAGCCUGCAACAAUCAGAUUGCCAAUCAGCUGGUUGAUCUCUUUAAAAGUGCAGACUUGAAAGCUAUAAACAGAAACCUGAGAUAAACCUUUUCAAGUCGCAUACAAAACUGUAUUAUUCAUUCUGAAUAUUCAUGUAUAUAAAUAUCAAACAUGUACAAUAAAUCAGUCUUCAAUUUUUA